AUGAUGGACAACAAGGAUUUAGAAGCGGAAAUCCACCCCUUGAAGAAUGAAGACAGGAAGCCACAGGAGAGCCAGGGAGACCCCUGCAAAAGCCCACCUCCACAGUCACGCCUGUCCCGGUGCCGCUCGGUGGCCUUUUUCCUUUCCCUGUUUAUCUGCCUUUUUGUGGUGUUUGUGGUCUCCUUCAUUAUCCCCUGUCCAGACCGACCAGCAUCGCAGCGAACAUGGAGGAUCGAUUACAACACAGCAGCUGCCUACAACUUUCUGGCAACGGAAGACAUAAAUGGGGACAGGAUCCAGGAUGUGCUCUUUCUUUACAAAAAUGCCAACAGCAGCAGCCAUCCCAACCGGUCCUGCAUCGAGGAAGGCUUCUCUGUUCCCUGCGCCUUCUUUGCUGCAGUGUCCGGAGCAAAUGGCAGCCUUCUGUGGGAGAGGCCUGUGGCACAGAACGUGACACUGGUGCAAUGCACCAGCCCUCAGCCAAGGGGUAGUGAGGUGGUGCCAGUCUGUGCCAUCGUGGAUGGGCCCACCUCUGUGGUGGCAGUAGACCUCUUCACAGGGGAGACCCUGUGGAACCAUCCAGGCAGCCUUGAAGGGAAUUCAUCUAUCUUGAGCCUCUUGCUUGGGGUGCCAGAUGUCGAUGGUGAUGGACUCCCUGACCUGCUGGUCCUUACCAAAGAGAAAGAGGAGGUGAACAGCUACGUCUACUCAAGCAGCACUGGGAGCCAGGUCGGUGGCAAAGGCAGCCUUGGCUCAAACACAGAGGGCAACUGGCUCUUGCAUGUCACCAAGACGGGUGCCUAUUACCUCCUCUUCUCCUGCGGACACUCCCUUUGCAGCCGGUCCAUGAAGGAUCUGCUGGAAGAAAUGACAGGAAAGGAGAUUCCCCUCAAGAGGGACCCACUCUGGGAACAGGCCAUCAACUCCACCACCCACAGGGUGUCCUCACCUAGCUCUGGAGUCAUCCGCCACCAGCUGCAUGUUCCCGGGAAAGCUGGCAAGGACCUGCUCCUGGUGGGCACUGAGGCCUGUGUGCUGCUAGAUGGGCAAAAUCUGGCACCUAAGUGGACCCUCGGUGAUGCUCAGGUCUUCAGAAAGCCUGUUCUUGGUCACUAUAAACCGGACACCUUGGCAGUGGUCAUUGAGAAUGGAACCGACGCUGACAGACAGGUACUGCUCCUGGACCUCAGCACUGGGGCCAUCCUGUGGCGGCAACCCCUCCCAGGCCUCUCCGGGACCCCCCAAGCUGCCAGCCUGUUGACCGCAGAUCACCGUUCUGCCUUCUUCUUCUGGGGUCUCCCUGAAGGAGUUUGGGCAAACCAGACAGAGACCAGGGACACCCUACACAGCCUCUACAUGUUCCACCCCACCCUGCCUAAUGUCCUUCUGGAACUGACCAACGUUUCCAGCAACAUUGUCGCCUUUGAGGCUGUCCUCUUUGAACCAAGCCGCCACGCUGCCUACGUCGUGCUGACUGGACUGCAGAACCUGGCCACACCUGGCCCGGUCUCGCUGACCAAGCACAAGAUUCGAGACUGCAUCCCAGACAGCAGGGUUUUACACCUUGGCCAGGACCGGGACAGUAGUGACCAGGUCAUCAGGGACCACUUCUCUCGGCUGCGGUACCGGAGCGAGGCGUGA